ACAAAAGCCUCAGAAUCUUCAAGAACCCUGACAUUCAGUAAUUCGUUCAUUCUGAGGACACAAUGUUUGUUGAGGAGCGUCUUAUCGCGCUUUUCAAACGGAACUGGCAGCACACACUGACAUACUGGAGUGUGUUCUUUAGUUUUGGACUCUGUAUAGCAUUCCUGGGUCCAACUAUAUUAGAUCUGAAAUGUCAGACCAACUCAACACUACAGGAGAUCACUUGGGUUUUCUUUUCACAGCAGGUCUGUUUACUUAUUGGCAGUUUGAUUGGUGGCGUUUUCAAGAAAACGUUGUUCAGUGCCCUCUCUGCUCUCUUCCUGUCCUCUCUCCUCAUUUCUUUGAUCUUUGCCAUCAUUCCUCUCUGCUCCAGUGUGCUGCAACUAGCCAUAGCCAUGGCUGUGUCAGGAUUGGCGAUGGGGAUCAUUGAUACAAUUGCCAACAUCCAGCUGGUGGUUCUUUAUCAGAAAGACUCUGCAAUCUUCCUGCAGGCAUUGCACUUCUUCAUUGGCUUUGGUGCUCUGGUGAGCCCCCUGAUUGCAGAUCCUUUUCUUUCAGAGCACUGUCCCAGUAUGAACAGUACAGAGAAUGAGUCCAUAAUGCACCAUUUCAGGCACAGUCUAACAGGCCUCAGGAGUUCAAUGAUUCUCAACCAUUCAGAACAUUCUGGAGGAGUCAUGGAGCAAUCCAAUGUGUCCUAUGCAUUUUGGAUCAUGGCUCUGAUUAAUCUUCCAGUACCUAUUGCAGUGCUCGUGCUAAUGUACUGCGAAAAGCUGAUUCCAUGUUUCCCAGAUGGCCCUUCACAUCUCCCAAACAAAAAUGAGCUGGCCAUGAAGACCAACCAAACUGAGUGCACAGAGACACAAGAACAAGAAGCUGGAGGCCAUGGAGACCCUUUUAGCUGCUGCAUGAACAGUAACCUGUGUGAGCUUCCUGCCUCAUUUUUUGGAGUCCAUAUUCUAGGAGGACUAGUCCUCUUCAUGACUGAUGGCAUUGUGGGUGCCUACGCUGGAUUUGCAUACACAUAUGCUGUGUCAGCUCCGAUGUCAUUGAAUGCUAAAACAGCUGGCUAUUUACCCUGUAUCUUCUGGGCUGCUAUCACCGGGGGAAGGUUGAUCUCCAUUCCUUUGGCCUGUCGCUUCAGACCAGUGUACCUGCUCAUGUUUAGCCUGGUUGGUGUAAUAGUGACCGUCUUGCUACUGCUGAUUUUCUACACUAGUAGCAUGUUCCUGUUUGUAGGAACAUGCUUGCUCGGUCUUUUCCUCAGCAGCAUCUUUCCAUGCAUGCUUGCUUACACUGAGGACAUCCUAGACUACAAGGGAUGCGUCACUGCUGUCAUAGUGACCUGUGCUGGAAUGGGUGAAAUGGUUCUCCAGGUCGUCGUUGGAUCGAUCAUUCAGACUGAAGGCAGCUAUAGUUUCCUCCUCUGUGGCAUGAUUGCUGGAUGUAUUGGAUUUGCUCUCUUCUUCUGCCUCAUGCUCUGUCACUACUUCCACAGAAACUACCUCAAAGGAACAUGUCAAAAGACAGCUAUGGUGAAGCAACCAGAAAAAGUGGUGGCUACAUGUGAAGCUCCAGAGAGAGAAGAGGAGAAAGGCACAGAGAAAACAGAUGAGAAAAUAAGUGAAAAAAUAGAGAUGGAAGUGGAAGACAACUAUGAAAAAAGUACAUUUUAAUUUAGUUUUUUUAAGUUUGUAAAUUUGAGUAAUCUGAUUCUAAGUAAUUCAUAAAUAUGAAACUACUUGAAACUACUGGGAACAAAGAGUACAUCUCAUUUUCUAAUUGUAGCUGAGAGUAAGUCUACAGGGUCAGAGUAAUAGCUGCAAACACGAUGCUAUGAUCCAUGGUGUUUCUCGUGUCAUGGCAUGAAAGCAUAAUCAUUUAAUAUACUUGCAUUAUUUUACAAACAUAUUCUUCCCGGUUACAAGUUAAUGGGUAAACCUAUGUUCAGAAAAUCCUCUUUUGGCAAACAACUAACAUGGUAAAACUUACAUGAAAGAUGGAAUUAACCAUUACAAUACAUGAUUGUUUAUACAGUGUCUGUGAAUUUUGUUAGUUGAAAAUGUAGUAUUGUAAGAUGCACAACUGGGCCCGUAUUCACAAAGCUUAUUAAGCCUAAAAGUUGCUCCUAAUGGCAAAAGUCUUAGAAAAAUCUCAGAAUUUUGACAUUUUCUUAGUAUUUCCCCUUAAAUUUAAGACUAAAUCUGAGUAAAGAUAAAAUGAUUUACAAAACAUCUUAUCCCUUAAAACAGCCCCUAAGGUAAAAAUUGUUAAGAGUAGAGAGGAGAGGGACUUUUAAGAGGCUUAAGAGUUUCUAUAGCAGAGGACAAAAUGGUGGAAGGAAGAAAUAUUCUCCAAACACUAAACAUAAAGCUAAAAGUAAACACUGCUUUCUGUCUAAGUUGGUUUUCUUGUUCUUUUACUCCAAUUCAUCUCUCUUGGAUUGUUGGCUACAUACCAUCCAAAAGUGCAACUUAAAUAAACUGUCCUGCAAUCAUGUAAAUUGGUAAAAAAGGUGAGCCAUUUUGCUCCCAUCAAUCUAAAAUGAUAUAUUUAUAAAUAAAGUAAGAAGAAAUGAAGAAAUGUAAUAACUACUAUUGCAUGGAAAUUGGUUGUUUCAAAAAAAGGCACAUUUUUAACAGUUGGGUGUUUUAAUUAACUCUAAAAUAUUUAGCCUAUUACAGAAACUUUGCAUUAAGUAGCCUGCAUCCAUAAUUAUACAAUUUCUUUAUAUACAAACAUUAUGAUUUUAUUGUCUGUUCUAUUAACAUAUAUACAAUAUAUAUAUUACAAAGAGCGCAUUUUAAGACCUUUACAUGUCAGCCAAUCACAGUCCUUGAAUUGCCAUAUCAUCCCUAGCAACGGGGUCAACCACACCUCCUGACUAAGAUAAAAGUUUUUGUAUUUUCCUUAUUUAGAGUUGCUCUGAGAAGUUUCCUUAAUCACUUUUAGUCUAGGACUCCUUGCUAGGACUUUUUAAACUAAGAUAGGAGCCCUCUGGGAGAAUUCUAAGAUGCUUUGUGAAUAUGGGCCCUGAUGUCUACUUGAGGCAACAGGCAAGAAAAAUGUCAAUUAGUGUUGGGUCAUUUUUAAACUACAGUAUAUUGUAUGUCAUGUGUAGUUCUAUUGCAUCACUCAGUUCACUGUUCUUCCAGAAUUAUUUAUCUUAUUUAUUGUUGUCAAAUGUAUUUUGUAAAAUGUAUAUAACUCGUAUCUCGUUAGUGAAUUGGUCUACAUAUUGUCUCUAAAAGAUUGAUGAACAUUUGAGAAAUUGCAACAUUUCCUUUUUUUUGGUAUGUACAGUAGAUAGAAUACAGUGGCUUUAGUGCAAUAAA